UUCUGGUCAACGUCGUCGGCGGCCGCCGGAAGGGGAAGUUUCGCUUCCGAAUUCUCCCUCGCUCGUCCGAAUUCGGUGGCGCCACGUCCGCCGGUCUCCGCGUUCCGCAAGGGGGCUGGGGCGGCUUCCGCCUCGACACCUUCCACUCGCCCAGCGGGCCGCGUCGUGAGGGGGCCGGGACGGGAGUCGGGCGGCUUUGCACAUCCCGGCCACCGAAGAGGCGAAGAUGUCGGACAUCGGGGACUGGUUCAGGAGCAUCCCGGCCAUCACGCGCUAUUGGUUCGCCGCCACCGUCGCGGUGCCCUUAGUCGGCAAACUCGGUCUCAUCAGCCCGGCCUAUUUCUUCCUCUGGCCCGAAGCCUUCCUCUAUCGCUUCCAGAUUUGGAGGCCGAUUACUGCCACCUUUUAUUUCCCUGUGGGUCCAGGAACUGGAUUUCUUUAUUUGGUCAAUUUAUAUUUCUUAUAUCAGUACUCUACACGACUCGAAACAGGAGCUUUUGAUGGGAGGCCAGCAGACUAUUUAUUCAUGCUCCUCUUUAACUGGAUUUGCAUCGUGAUUACUGGCUUAGCAAUGGAUAUGCAGUUGCUGAUGAUUCCUCUGAUCAUGUCAGUACUUUAUGUCUGGGCCCAGCUGAACAGAGACAUGAUUGUAUCAUUUUGGUUUGGAACACGAUUUAAGGCCUGUUAUUUACCUUGGGUUAUCCUUGGAUUCAACUAUAUCAUCGGAGGCUCGGUCAUCAAUGAGCUAAUUGGAAAUCUUGUUGGACAUCUUUAUUUCUUCCUCAUGUUCAGAUACCCAAUGGACUUGGGAGGAAGGAAUUUUCUAUCCACGCCUCAGUUUUUGUACCGCUGGCUGCCCAGCAGGAGAGGAGGGGUGUCAGGGUUUGGUGUGCCCCCCGCUAGCAUGAGGCGAGCCGCCGACCAGAACGGCGGAGGCGGGAGACACAACUGGGGACAGGGCUUUAGGCUCGGGGACCAGUGACGGAGUGGCCUCUGGCCUGCCCACCAGCCCUCCACUCAGAUGACGUUUCCUCCCAGUGCCGGGUGACCUUUACCACCGAGUUCUAGCUAACGCUGUUGGACCUGACCCACACUGAAUGUAGUCUUUCAGUACAAGACAACAGUUUUUUAAAUCCUGAAGAAAAAAUAUAUGUUCCUCGAGUUUCAUGAUUCUCAUUCAAGUCCUUAAUGCUAAGAAGAACAAAUAUCAACUGGGCAGAUUUCGGAACUGACCUUAGUUUUUGGUGUCUUCUCUUCCUUUUCCAUCUGAAUCAUGGGUUUCGGCAAGUCCCGCUCUGCUGGCACCAAGCUGGGUAUCUGGCGUUGGGUCACCAGACCCCCGUCCCGGGGGCUCUUAGCUCUUUCUCGCACCUAUGCUUCCCUCCUCCUUCCCCACCCUCACACUCCCAGCUAGAGGAGAUAGCCCGUGAAAUGGUUCUGCCUCUGACAAGCUCGCUUUAUUUGUUGACUUUUGCCAAGGCUUGGCCACAGAGGCCUCGUUCCCAGUGUUUUACGGUGGCAGAACCGUAACCGUAGGGCAGAAGGCGGACAGCGGAUGAAGAGCUUCCUCAGCUUUUGGGAUUGCUGUGGCCUGGUAUCAGUUGCCACCGUUUGCCACCUCUUCAGCUGUUCUGAUAAAAAAAGCACCGUUGAGUCAGUGAGGACCACAGAUCGGUAUUAAUGACGCCUGAAGGUCCUUGCUAGGCAUUUUUUAUCCUAAGUGAUCAAAACUCUAGUGGAGUUGCAUCAUACACAGGGACUGGGUUUAAGCCAUGGUGGGCAUACUGGCUCUGUGUGUACCCAGAAUAGUGGAUUUGUAUUGUGCUAGAAAGUUCCAAAGCGCAUUGGCCACAGGGAGAAGCUCUUUUUGAGAGGUGCCUGGGCAUUGAUUCGACUUCAUUCUCCUUCUGGGUGUAUGUUUAUUGAGUAGAGUGGAGGGAGAACCUUAAACCCUCUUUAAGUUGUCUUUUUUUUUUUAAACCAAGCCCCCAUUCCCCACCCCCAUGGCCAUAUGCUUCAGUUAAUUGUGAGGAGGGUGCAGCUCCUCUGUACGUAGAUCUUAUUUUAGAAGCUAUUGUAAGCACAUCUAAGUGAAUCACAUAAUUUUGGGUGUAAUGGCUUUAGAAUCAUCUGUGUUUGAGGAGCUUUUUUCUUUCGAGUCAUGAAGGUGCAUCAGACCAUCUUCACCCACAGCUCUUUUUUUUACAGGUGGGCUUUUUCCAUCAGAGCUAGGCUUGUCAUCGGAUAGCUUUUUGAAGGCUGCGACGUUUCACACAGGUUCUUAUUUUAUAUUUUUAUUCUGAAAGCAAACGGCUAGGAGCAGUGCUGAGUGGCUGCCAUACUUUGAGUCAACUAGAGAAGGCUUUGAACGUUUUGACCAGCGGUUCUGUGCAGGAAACGCUGUGUGCUAAGAGUAUGACUCUUCGCCCCACUCUGAAGCAGUGAUGUGUGUUAUUCUAGGAAGUGGGGAUUUGAAAUCCUCUCCACAUUUUUCGUGAAGUUUGUUCGAGGUUACCUCUUCAUAUUUAAUUUAUAUGAUAAAAUAGGAGGCGGGGAGAAUCUGAACCCUAACUGUCAUAUGUUUGCUGUUGACCUGUGGCCAGAAUAAAAUUUACUUGUAAAAUUUUAGAAACCCUUCUUCCUGUUAUGUCGUACUUGCACUCACUGUGCAGGAGUGGAGACUCAUUGUAUGUGUAAGAAGAUUCUCACGGUAAGUGAGCUAGUCUCCUACACGCCGUCACAGCAACUCAACUGCCUGAGAACAGUAGUCUUGCUGAAGGUUACAAGUAUUCCUUAGAAUUCUUCAGUUCAAGGCAAAAUGUUCAUUAAAUUCUUCCUCUUAAACACAUUUAAGAAGCUGAUAAUUUUAUUAAUUUUGUCUGGAUUACCUAUUUUUGGGGAAUAAUUUUAGCUAAGCAAGCUAUUUGAGAUUUGAUUUGGCAAGGCAAGACAUGACAGCGGAUUCUCUUUGUGAAAGGAAAUAAAUCCUAAUUUUGUAUAGAGAAAUUCCCUUUUUGUAACUAAUCCUUUUUAUUGCUAAGAACUGUAAAUUAAAAUGUACAGCUUCA